CCACCCCCAUUGCCUGGCAUGGGUGGCAUCCCUCCACCCCCACCCCCCUUGCCUGGCAUGGGUGGCAUCCCUCCCCCUGCACCCCUCCUGCCCAGCAUGGCAGGAGAUCACGUAGAAGCUGUGGUGGUCUCCCAAUUCAGCUGCCCUCUUGGCUUGGGCAGGCCUCCUCCCAAGACAGUGAAGACGCCAACAUUGAGAAUGAAGAAGCUGAACUGGCAGAAGCUGCCCUCCAAUGUGGUGAGAGAAAGUCACUCAAUGUGGGCUUCAGUGAGCAGCAGCAGCGAGGAAACUAUAGAGCCCAAUUACACAAGUAUAGAGCAGCUGUUUUGCUUUCCACAAACAACCCCCAAGGAGAAAACGGCCGCACCAAUGAAGGCGGAACCAAAGGAGAUCACAUUUUUGGACUCCAAGAAAAGUCUCAAUUUGAACAUAUUUUUGAAGCAAUUUAAAUGCUCCAAUGAAGAGGUGGCUGCCAUGGUCCAGAAUGGGGACCGGACCAAGUUCGACGUUGAGGUUCUAAAGCAGUUGUUGAAGCUGCUGCCUGAAAAGCAUGAGAUAGAAAACCUGAAGUCCUUCAAAGAAGAGAAAUCAAAGCUUGCAAAUGCAGAUCAGUUUUAUCUUCUCCUCCUUCAGAUUCCCAGCUACCAGCUGCGCAUUGAAUGCAUGCUGAUCUGUGAAGAGACCACCGUUGUGCUGGACAUGAUUCAGCCGAAAGCUGAAGCCAUCCGAAGAGCCUGCGAAGAUCUUCUGAACAGUCAUCGCCUGCCACUCUUUUGUCAACUAAUUCUCAAAGUUGGAAACUUUCUGAACUAUGGAAGUCACACGGGUGAUGCCGACGGGUUUAAAAUCAGCACUUUACUCAAACUAACAGAAACCAAAGCAAACCAAACCCGCAUUACGCUGCUCCACCAUAUUCUGGAGGAGGUAGAAAACAGCCACACGGACCUACUGGAAUUGCCAAAGGAUCUCGAAUAUGUUUCAAAAGCAGCAGGAAUUAAUCUUGAUAUUAUACGCACGGAGUCCAGUACCAAUUUAAAGAAGUUGCUGGAGCUUCAGCGGAAGGUCUUAUCGUCAAACGAUGAUGUGAAACAACAGUAUGAGAAACCUAUUCAGGAUAGCAUUGAUGCCUCCAGAAAACUGGAAGAAGAAUUUGAAACCAUUGAGAGGAAGAGAGAAGAACUUGCAAAUUAUCUCUGCGAAGACCCAAGCAAAUUGUCCUUAGAGGACAUAUUUAGCACCAUGAAGACCUUCAGAGAUCUCUUCAUCCGAGCCCUGAAGGAAAACAAGGACAGAAAGGAGCAAGCUGCCAAAGCAGAGAAGAGAAAGAAACAGCUGGAAGAGGAAGAGGGGAAGAGACAGAAGGGAGAAAAUGGAAAAGUCAUUAAGAAGGGGGUGGUGAAGCAGGAGGAGGUGUGCAUCAUUGAUGCGCUGCUGGCCGACAUCAGAAAAGGGUUCACGCUGAGAAAGACAAAGAACAGAUACGAGUCGGAUGCAAUUCCUAAAACCUCGCCUGCGGAGAGCCCGGAGGGGAGCCAGUCUGGAAAGAGCAUUAAGGAUCCACAAGCAGCAGGAAAGCAGAUCGAUGAUAAGACCAAGCAAAACAACGAUGGUCAUCCCUCAGAAAGCACUCCCUCCUCAACCACUGCCCUGAGAGAGAUGGGUGGAGAUGUUACAAAUGCUCCAGCCUCAAACCAGGCCUUAUCUAAAAACAAUGCUGGAGGAAUUUUGCUACCAGAGUCCCGGACGGAAAGCCCCUCAGUAAGCUUGGUGGAAGUUGAUGGGGCCAGUCAGCCCAUGCCAAGUGCUGGGAUGGAGCAGGCAGACAGCUGGGCAAGCCUCCAGCCAAGCACAAAGAGCAGCUCCAUUGCCUUCUCCGCUGCUAACAUGGGCACAGGGAUAAGGUUUGUAAGCAGCAGUUCGGGCACUGCUCUGAGAGGCCAACUCAAUGGAUCCAUCUCAGAAGGCCAGGACAAUGAAUGCCCAGCUGACGUCUCGGUGCAGGUGCCAGAAACCCGGCUGAGUGAGACAGGAGUGGACCCUGGCAGCGCUCAGUCCACUCCCUGCGAUGAGGCUCACCAAGCAGAAUCGAAAGAGAUGGCAAAGGAGAAUGAAGAUCCCGGUACAGACUCACUGUUGGAUACCUCUCAAGAGAAGUCCUUCUCGGAAGAGCCAGCCACCGAUUCCUCUUGUUCGGCAACACUGCCCCCAGGGCAAACUCACGCUGACAGGGAGAAGCAGAGGCCAUCUGGGAAACGGAGGAAGAAGAAGAGGCACAGCAAAAGCUACUCAGCAGAGGUUGAGACUGAUACUGGAGAUAAUAAAACAAAAAAAGGUUGUGUGGUACAAUGA